UUGCAACAUCGUAUCAAAAAGCCCGUGUCCUGACCGCAGUACGCAUCGAGUGGAUAGUGUUUAAUCAUUUUUCGCCUUGGUCUUUUUUCUUUACUUGGGAGUAAUAUAUUUGGAAUAUACAUGCAGUCGUCAAGCUCAACAGAGAAAUGCGCUGCUAGUCUGGAAAAGACUGCUAGACGUUGAGCUCUCUGUUUGCUGUAUGAGGGACACAACUGCACAGAUGGAGUCAAGGGUUCCCCACCACAUCCCUGGAGUGUCUUCCUCCAUUAUAUCCCAGCCGUUGCUGGACAGUAGUGUCCCCUAUGGAAGGCUACAGCACCCGCUCACCAUCUUCCCCAUCGACCAGAUUAAGUCCUCUCACAUGGAGAACGACUAUAUUGACAGUCCGGCUGUGGUCUCCCAGCAACCCCCCAGCCAGAAGGUUGCCAAAAGGGGGCCCCACGAGCCACUGCUAGGAGCCCCCCAGCUGGCACGCUGCGACCCCAACGACGCCACCACACACCCCUGGAUCUCCUUCAGCGGGCGGCCCAGCUCCAUCAGCAGUAGCAGCAGCACCUCGUCAGACCAGAGGCUGCUGGACCACGCAGCCCCUACCCCCGUGGUGGACCACAGGUCCACAGUAGUCACCACCAGGACCCCCUGUUGCGAGCCCAAGGUGCUCACCUCCAAGCCUCUGGACCUAAAGGCUGCUGCCCAGGGGGCCACGGCGGUGGACAAGAAGCACAUGCUGCUGUGUGAGACAUGUGGUAAGUGCCGCUGCACAGAGUGCACCCUGCCCCGAACCCUGCCUUCCUGCUGGGUGUGCAACCAGGAGUGCCUGUGCUCGGUGCAGAGCCUGGUGGACUCGGCCACCUGCAUGUGCUUGGUCAAGGGCAUUUUCUACCAUUGCACCGAGGAUGAGGACGACGAGGGCUCUUGCGCCGACCGCCCAUGCUCCUGCCAACAGUCUAACUGCUGCGCACGCUGGUCCUUCAUGACGGCCAUGUCUCUGGUGCUGCCCUGUAUGAUGUGCUACCUGCCCGCCAUGGGCUGUGUCAAACUGUCGCAGAAGUGCUACGAUAAAACCAGCCGCCCGGGCUGCCGCUGCAAGAACUCCCAGCAGGCCUGUAAGAGUAUGGAGGCCAAGGCUGGAGGUCAGGGGAAACAGUCCUCAUGAUACUAACUGGCUGUUGCCUUAUCAAUACCCUUUGGAUAGACCAAGCCCCCCAUCCGCUAAAAGACUUCCCAAAAACGAUGGUACUUACAGAAGUGUUCACACCUGUCCUUUUCAAUUCUAGUGAUGUUAUGCCACGCAAGUUAAAAUAGGUCUGUCUGAUAGAUCUGUUGGCCUAGACAACUGCUUGCCUCAGAACCCAUCCUUAUGAGUGUAACAGACUGGUGGAUUUUGUUUUAUAAAAUGGCCGAAGGCACAAGUCAUACUCCCCUCCUAUACGGCUCUGAAUUUAUAGCUUCAUGAUAGCUAGCUACUCCAUGACAAAUUGGACCAGUUGUUUUUCCCCUAACAUAAAGAUAUAUGUUUGAGAAAAUAAGCCUGUUCCAAAGCAGUUUCCCUCUAUUCUUUUUGCAAACUGUUGGUUUUCCUUUUUGGUAGUUUAGGAUACUUGAGAAGUGAAACUACCACCCACUCUCCCCUAUAUAUGAACAUUCUUUAGGUUUCAGUCCCACACCAGCUUUCCUGUUGCUAGCUUGAUAUUGAGCUCUUUAGGUCAAGGUGACAAAGUGAGAAGUAGUCAUGUGGCUUUGGAGCGAUAGUCUGUUUUUUAUAUUCUUGUUUGUGUGCUCGUACGAUAUGUAAGGUCAUGCCACAAGUGAGUGAAAAACUGUGUUUAGGAUUGCCUGACUUGAUCACUUUCUAUUUCCUUAAGGGGAAACGUAAUAUGGAUUUUAACCUAACUUUUAACCAAUCACUUCAGAAAUGGCAUGUCAUGCACUGCAUGAUGUAACUUAGUGCUUAACCCCAGUGCUAGAUGUGGA